AUGUCCCCAAAACCCUACACCCUAACCUUCACCGGCGACGUCAUGCUCGGCCGCCUCAUCGACCAACUCCUCCCAACUCACGUCCCCAGCCCAACCGACCACGCCACAAUCACCAAAAUCCUCCAAGCCUACCCAUCCCUCAAAUCUUACUCCCCCCGUUCCCCCUGGGGAUCCGCCCUGCCCUUCCUCCACGCCUCAGACCUCAACCUCAUUAACCUCGAAACGGCCGUCACCACCGUGGACACGCCCUGGCCGAACAAAGCGUUCAAUUACAGGAUGCAUCCCCGCAAUCUGGAGGCCCUGAAAGUGGCCAACAUCGACUACGUGAGUCUGGCGAAUAACCAUACGCUGGAUUUCGGGGAGAUGGGGCUCGGGGAGACGGUUGAGGCGGUUAGGGGCGCGGGGAUUGCGUUUGCGGGUGUUGGGGAGGAGGGGCCGGCGGUUUUGAGGUUGGGGCCUAACGGGGAUGGUGGUGGUGGUGGUUCUUCUUCUUCUGCUACUGCUGGUGAUGGUGGCAGUGGUGAAUCGAAAGAGUAUAAAAUCCAUAUCUACUCCGCCUCAGACCACCCACGCGCCUGGUCCCGCAUCCCGCAGUUCAAUUUCAUAGAUUAUAGCUCUGCUACACGUGCAAUGCUCAAGACGCUCCUGACCCGCGGGGAGCAGCCCGCGCUGAAGAUCUUCUCGGUGCACUGGGGCCCGAACUAUGCGUGGCGGCCGGCCGGGGAGAUCCAGGCUCUGGCGCGGUUCCUGGUCGACGAGUGCGGGGUGGAUAUUGUGCAUGGGCAUUCGGCGCAUCAUCUGCAGGGCGUCGAGGCGUAUCGCGGCCGGUGGAUUCUGUAUGGGUGUGGGGAUUUCGUAGAUGAUUAUGCGUUGGAUGCGGAGUUUCGGAAUGAUCUUGGGGCCCUGUGGAGGGUUUUGGUUGAGGAGGAUGGGAAGGGUGGGUUGUCUUUGGGCAGGUUGGAGGUUGUGCCGACGAGGUGUCGGCUCUUUGAGGUCGAGG